AUGGACUCAGAAGAGCAUGGAAAUAUGUUCUUCACCAGCCUCCUGACUCAGGAGCCUGAACUUGACCACAUUUAUGUUGGUCAAGGUGAACAUCCCGUAACUUUGGAUGACUCUCCACCCCCGCCCCAAGUACAACCUCCCUCUCAAAGAAAAUCAGUUAGGGGUGCAAACUCUACCCCCGAAGAAGACAAGUUACUUGUCUCCACAUGGCUGAAUAGUAGCAUUGAUGCCAUCCAAGGAACAGACCAAAAACAUGCCCAACUUUGGAAAAAAGUUAGUCAAUACUUCAAUGAUUAUAAAGAAAGUACAAAUGAGCGAAGUGUUGGGUCCUUAAUACAUCGGUGGUCUGCCAUUCAAAAGGCGACAAAUAAAUUUUGUACUAAACUCGCCCAAGUUGAAGGGCUGAAUCAAAGUGGUAUGACUGAGCAAGACAAGUUUGACAAAGCGAAAGUCAUGUACCAAUCGCUUGAGAAAAUGGCCUAUCAGUUUGAGCAUUGUUGGCACCUAUUGAAGGACCAGCCGAAAUGGAAUUAG